ACAGAACUCAAGCCAAUGUAAUGAGUGUAAACUGCGGAAUAUUCGCAACAAAAGAACCUCGGAUGGUUCCUAUUGUGCGAAGGAAUUAACACCUUUUCAAAGUUAAAUCCCCGAUUGUCUGUCUCCAACAGAAGGAGGUAUUAAAAUGCGCCUAUAACAAAUGGUUAAGGGUUUUGGAGAGACUGCUACUCCAUGGGCGGGGCGAGAUGACACAACAAUUAAAGAUGAACUUUGUGUGAACUAAUUUAUCUGGCCAAGCCAAGGUAACAGGAGACCGGGACCUAGGACAGGGUAUAAAAGGCGGUAUAAACACCCAGACUUUUAGUAGCAAACAAACUUUCUGCACCUGAAGUCCUCACAAUUUUCACUUCGGUUUGAGCACUCUUUACGCGAAAUACUGCAAUGGCUUUGAACACUUUAGUGGCGACCCUUUUGUGCACAAUUGUGCUUCCAAUCUUGCUCUUUUUAGUAGCGGUUAAACUAUGGGAGAUGUAUAUGAUCCGUGGUCGGGAUCCCAGCUGUAGAGCCCCUCUCCCUCCUGGGACCAUGGGUUUACCUUUCAUUGGAGAGACGCUCCAACUCCUUCUACAGAGGAGAAAAUUCCUGCGGAUGAAGCGACAGAAGUAUGGAUACAUUUACAGAACGCACCUCUUUGGCAACCCAACGGUGCGUGUCCUGGGAGCGGAUAACGUCAGACAGAUUCUGCUGGGUGAACAUAAACUUGUCGCCGUGCAGUGGCCGGCUUCUGUCAGAACUAUUCUUGGUUCCGACACGCUCUCCAACGUGCACGGCAGCCAACAUAAGAAUAAGAAAAAGGCUAUUAUGAGAGCGUUCUCUCGGGAUGCGUUAGAACACUACAUCCCAGUUAUCCAGGAGGAGGUGAGGAGCGCGGUGGGGGAAUGGCUCGAGAAGGAUUCGGGCGUGCUGGUGUACCCUGAGAUGAAGCGCCUCAUGUUCCGCAUUGCCAUGAGAAUCCUCCUGGGCUUCGACCCGGACCAGAUCAAGACAGAUGAGCACCAGCUGGUGGAGGCUUUCGAAGAGAUGAUCAAAAACCUUUUCUCCCUGCCAAUCGAUGUCCCCUUCAGCGGAUUAUACCGGGGACUAAAAGCCCGAAAUUUCAUUCACUCCAAAAUCGAGGAGAAUAUCCAGAAGAAGAUAGAUAAUGAUAAAGAAGUGAAAUACAGAGAUGCACUGCAGCAAUUGAUUGAUAGUAGCAGGAAAAGCGAGGAGCCAUUCAACAUGCAGGCAAUUAAGGAGUCUGCGACAGAGUUGUUAUUUGGAGGCCAUGAGACCACAGCCAGUUCAGCCACAUCAUUAGUCAUGUUCCUGGGACUCAAUCCUGAUGUGGUCAGCAAACUCAGACAAGAGCUUCAUGAGAAGGAGGAUCAAGGUGUUGAUCUGCAUGGUCAGAAUGUGAACAUUGAGGUGUUGGAGCAGUUAAAGUAUACAGGCUGUGUCAUCAAAGAGACCCUGAGGAUAAACCCCCCUGUACCAGGAGGCUUCAGAGUGGCACUGAAGACAUUCGAACUCAACGGAUACCAGAUCCCUAAAGGCUGGAACGUCAUCUACAGCAUCUGUGACACCCACGACGUGGCUGAGGUCUUCCCCAACAAAGAGGAGUUCCACCCGGAGCGCUUCAUGGCAAAGGCCUCGGAGGACUCCUCCAGGUUCAACUACAUCCCGUUCGGGGGCGGCUCCAGGAUGUGCGUGGGGAAGGAGUUCGCCAAGGUCCUCCUCAAGAUCUUCCUGGUGGAGCUCUCGCUGCGCUGUGACUGGACUCUGUCAAACGGCCCGCCCACCAUGAAGACAGGCCCCACGGUCUACCCUGUAGACAAUCUGCCCACAAAGUUUAGCCGCUACGGUCGUAGCUAGUUACCAACCCGCGCACAUUGAAGCUAUGCUAUACAUUUUGUAAAUAUUACAUGCAUAUUUUAAUUGUUUUAGAUUAAAUGAUACAUAUUUUGCAUUUUAUAUUUGAUAUGUUAAUGCAUAUAGUUGUAUAAAUAUUCUCUCUUAAAGAAACAAGCAGCUCUGCAGUCAAAGAAUGGCUGUAAUUCCUUUGAGGUGUCUGUUGUGUACAUUUGUAAUGUAGAUUUUGUUAUAUAGCUUUUUGUAUUACUGCAACUUAUUUAAAUUACAUUGUAUUGGCUUUAUUUAAUAAAACCAUGUUUUGUCAAGGAAUGUGUUACCUGAAUUAAAUAUUU